AUGAUUUUAUCUCCACUCCACGUGACGCUGAGCUUGCAGACGGACAGCUGCUUCCCAACCCAGAGCCGCUCUCUUUGUCACAUACUGCUAGUACUGCUGUCUACUUCGGCUCACCCAUCCAUCCUCACACCAUCGCUCUCCUGAACAUCGAAACUAGAAAAUGUGUGGAAUGCAUAGAAGCUAGCUUGUGGCUGAACAGAGAGAGAAAGUGAGGGAGGUCCGAUCCGACGACGCUGAAAUGAGAAUCUCGCUCCAGGCCACAUCUUUUCACUAACAAAACAAAUGCAGCAGCAAAGAACUAUCCCUUGAGCAAUGUUUUCGUCUCUCCUUUCGAUUAUUGUUUUACUCUCUCUGCUCAACUUAGUUCCACUUCCUCCGGCUGCUGCUUCUGUUUCUCAUCCUCCGGCGCCGUGGAUUUCGCCUCCGUUGAACUCAGGACCUCCAUCCGAUGCCCGCUCACUUCUGGCAUUCAAAUCUAAAGCCGAUGUGGAUAAUAAGCUCCCGUUUUGGAACGAGAAGCACUCCAGAUACUGCUUCUGGCAGGGCGUCAAAUGCGUAGAUGGUAAAGUGGUGCGCCUAGUUCUAGAAGGUUUUGGUCUUGCCGGUGUGUUUGCUCCCAACACAUUGAUUCGCCUUGACCAACUCAGAAUCCUCAGCUUGCAGAACAACUCCCUCACUGGCCCCAUUCCCGACCUCUCCGGACUUGUCAAUCUCAAAACCCUCUUUCUCGACCACAACUCCUUCUCGGCUCUUAUUCCCGCCUCAGUCUCAUCUCUCCAUCGCCUUCGCACCUUGGAUCUCUCCUACAACAACCUCACAGGCCCAAUCCCCUCCGGUUUGACCACUCUGGUCCGGCUCUACUAUUUUCGGCUCGAUGGCAACCGGUUAGGCGGCGCCAUCCCUCCGCUCAACCAGUCCUCCCUCCUGGUCUUCAAUGUUUCCCGGAAUAACCUCACCGGCGUCAUUCCGGUCACACCCACACUGUCCCGCUUCGGCACCUCCUCCUUUUCUUUGAACCCUGGUCUCUGCGGUGAGAUUAUACACAAGGAAUGCCUUCCUCGUAUACCCUUCUUUAGGUCCUCGGAACCGGCACCAUCCCCGGGGGCCGCGGCGGCGUUCGGACAGAAUGAAGAGGUGCAAGGGCUUGUGCUACCUCCACCAUCCCAAAAGCAGCACGAGCGAACCAGCGUGAUUCUGGGAUUCUCAUUCGGGGUUUUGGUUCUACUUGUGUCCCUAGUGUGCUUUCUACUGUCGCUAAAUCGGCGGAAAAAGCAAAAGGUGUUGUCGCCGACGAUGGCUUCGGAUUCCGCAGCUGCUGCCGACGCUGCUGCGGUAAUGAGGGUAGAAGAAGAGAACGAACUGGAGGCGAAGGUGAAGAAGAUGCAAGGAAUGCAAGUGGUGAAGAGUGGGUGUUUGGUGUUCUGUGCCGGGGAGCCGCAGGUUUACACCCUAGAGCAGCUGAUGAAGGCUUCCGCAGAGAUGCUGGGGAGGGGGACGAUCGGGACGGCUUACAAGGCCGUAAUGGAUAAUCAAAUCAUCGUGAGCGUCAAGCGACUCGACGCCGGCAAGACGGCGGUGACCAGUAAGGAGUCGUUCGAGCGGCACUUGGAAUCUGUGGGUGGUCUCCGACAUCCAAAUCUGGUUCCGCUCAGAGCUUAUUUCCAGGCCAAGGAAGAGAGACUACUUAUCUAUGAUUACCAACCCAAUGGCAGCCUCUUCUCCCUCGUACACGGUUCGAGAUCAACUAGGGCCAAGCCGCUUCACUGGACGUCGUGCUUGAAGAUAGCGGAGGACGUGGCACAGGGUUUGGCCUACAUCCAUCAGGCGUCCAGGCUCGUCCAUGGCAACGUCAAGUCCUCUAACGUACUCCUUGGUGCCGACUUUGAGGCCUGUCUCACCGACUACUGCCUCGCUAUUCUGGCCGAUACCUCCGAAGACGAUGCCCCUGACUCUGCCGGAUACAGGGCCCCCGAGGCCCGCAUAUCUAGUCGCCGAGUCACCCCGAAAUCCGAUGUCUAUUCAUUUGGCAUUCUCUUGCUGGAGCUUCUCAGCGGCAAACCCCCAUCCCAGCAUCCCUUCCUUAUGCCCAGCGAUCUUCUUAAUUGGGUGAAAUCCAUCAGAGACGACGAAGGUGGGGACGAGAACCGGCUGGCUAUGCUUCUCGAGGUAGCAACCACGUGUAGCCAGACAUCUCCGGAGCAGAGACCAACAAUGUGGCAAGUGUUGAAGAUGAUUCAAGAGAUCAAGGAGACUGUGAUGAUGGAGGACAAUCAGUUGGACUAAUUUAUAUAACAAUAUACACCCCUUUUUUUCCCUUCCUAAUUUCUUUCAUUAAUUAGUUGUCGCCAUUACUGGGAGUCCUAUUAUUACUACUACUACUAUUAUUAGUAAUAGCACUAAUAGUUUCUUACA